AUGGUCCCAAAUGGUGUUUCUCGUAAUCUCCUCAUCGCCGCGCUUCUGAGCAUCGCGUUGGUCUCGCAACGAAUCGCCGCCACCGAAUCGUCGGAUGUCGGAUGCUACGCGGACAUAUGCAUCGAUCCAUCUGCGGACAGUUUCUUCUCAUACGCCGCUUGCUGCGAAAACGAAUGCUGUAACAAACUGCGAUAUUGGGUCUAUCCUGCCAGCAUCGCAUUUGUCGGAUUCAUCGCCGGCGCAUUCUUUGCCCUCUGCUUUCAAUGCCGCUGA